GGCACCGUGCAGCUCCACCUCCCGCGACAAGGGUGACAUUUCCACCUCGCUUCGUCGACCUCGAGUCUCCUCUCCCCUGCUCUUCAUAUCUCAUCUCUCUCUCCACCCCCACCCUCUCCGAGCAAGGCAUCAAACACCGGCAAGAACACGACCGCCAACACCGGAGACCGAUCGGCACAGCGAGCGCGAAGGCGCAAACCGAUCGAUCGAGCUGGUUAAGACCGAGUUCAGCUUCUUCGGCCAUGCGGAGGUCGGACUGGGAGGACCGGUGCCGGCGGCACCCGGAGCACCGGCUGUCCAAGGGCGUGUGCCCGAGCUGCCUCCGCGACCGCCUCGCCCACCUCUCCGCCAACUCCUCGGCGACCACCACCCUCACGCGCGCCUCCAACUCGGCCAGCACCUCCCCCUACUCCUCCACCGACUCCCCUCCGCUCCACCACGCCGCCCUCUCCGCCGACACCACCUCCGUCCACGUCGUCGGCGCCGGGGCCGGCUCCUCCUUCGUCAACGUCUCUGCCUUCUCGCAGCCGCUCAUGCCGACGACCGCCAAGAAAGCAGCAGCAGGGAGGCAAGAGGAGGCCAAGGGAAAGGAGGGCGAGGCGAAGAAGAAAAAGAAGAGCAGCAGCAAGAAGAAGAUCGGGAGGUUCCUGUCGAGGCUCGUCGGGACGGAGAAGCGGCGGAGGACUGGGGAAGGCGACGGCGGCGAGCUCUUCCAUUCCAGCACCAUGAAGGAGAAGUCGUCGACCAAGUGGGUCUUCUUUUGAUCAGGCCACCAACCAUGAUCGAGAACCAUGCCUGGCCUUUCUCGGUUCUCACUUCUCGAUCGAUCGGGUAUUGGUUUUCUUUGUUUCCUCUGUUUUUGUUUUACAACAAGUAUUCUUCUUGAGCUUGAUUUGAUAUUUUCCUCAAGCGCCGUGUAUAUACACGAGAUCAAGUAGCUGACCGUAAGGAGACGCAUACAUAUAUGGUGAAAUUGCAUAUGGUUAUUGAUUUUUUUUUAUAUAUAUGUAGGACAGGGUGUAUGGAUGUAAAUUAACGUGUAUUUGUAUCUAGCAUAGCAUGUAGUAUGUACAAGUACCAUGUGAAAUUGAAUGCUCCUGUGAUUCACGAAUUA